AUGUCUACAAAUCCUCUUCAUUAUCAUGAAGCUGGCACAGGUAAUUAUAUGAGUGAAAAAGAAGCAAAUAGUUUGAUCCAAAAAUAUGACAAGAAUGGGGAUUCAAUCCUCACCAAGGAAGAGCUAACUGCUUUGAUCAUUGAUCAAGCUGCCUCUCACCACCAACUAAAACCAAAGAAGGAAGAAGUUGUUUGCAAACCUCAAAAGGUGGAAGCUAAGGUUAUUCCUGAUGAGAAGGGGCCAUUCAAGAUGAGGCUUACUAGAGAUGAGAUGAGGGAAAUCUUCUUAGAGCAUGAUAUUGAUGGUGAUGGUCAUCUCACUAGAAGUGAGCUAUCAAAAGCUUUGACAACUUGUGGUUCUUUGAUUUCAUUACACAAAGCUAACUAUGCUUUAAAUUUGGCUGAUGCUGAUGGAGAUGGCCUUAUCAAUGUGGAUGAACUUGAAAAAGUCCUUGAUUAUGUUGAGAAACUCAACAAGCUCAAGAAAUGA